CGGGGCCGCGCAGAGUGGAGUGUCGGGGGCGCGCCUCGCUGUCACGUGACCGCGCGUCCCGGCGUCUUGGCUGUCAGCUGCGCGCUCCCGAGGCUGACUCACAGGCAGCAGUUUAGUUUUUUGGGGAGGGACGAUGGAGUUUCUCUUGGGAAGUCCGUUCGCCUCUCCAGUGGGACAGAGAAUCGAUAAAGCCACUGAUGGUUCUUUGCAGUCAGAAGACUGGGGACUGAACAUCGAGAUCUGUGACAUCAUCAACGAGACGGAGGAAGGACCAAAGGAUGCCAUCAAGGCCUUGAAGAAGAGGAUUGUGGGAAAUAAAAACUUCAAUGAAGUGAUGCUGUCGCUGACGUUAUUGGAGGCGUGUGUAAAGAACUGUGGGCAUCGUCUGCACGUGUUGGUGUCGAGUCGUGAGUUUGUGGAGGGGGUGCUGGUGAAAACCAUCCUGCCCAAAAACAACCCGCCAGCCGCGGUGCAGGACAAAGUGCUGAGCCUGAUACAGGCCUGGGCCGACGCCUUCCGCAGCUCCCCCGAUCUGACCGGCGUGGUCUCCGUCUACGAGGACCUGAGGAGGAAAGGACUGGAGUUUCCAAUGACGGACCUGGACUCACUGUCCCCCAUACACACCCCACACAGGAGUGUUCCUGAUUCAGACCCGGCUGUCAGACUCCAGGGUUCAGUGAGAGGGCUCACAGCGCCCCCUGCUGUGCCCGGCAGUACUGCAUGGGCCCUGCCUCCCCCAAUCGCAGAGCAGAGAGCCGCCCCACCCCCGGACAGCAACCCAGACGGGCCAAUCACACUCUCCGCAGAGCAGCUCUCGAAGCUCUGCUCUGAGAUGCAGGUUGUCAGGGGGAAUGUCACAGUGAUGUCGGAGAUGAUGGCAGAGAUGAGCUCCGGGCAGGUGGAGACCUCCGACCUCGAGCUGCUGCAGGAGUUGAGUCGGACGUGUCGCUCCAUGCAGCGCCGGGUUCUGGAGCUGAUUCCCCGCGUGGAGAACGAAGGGUUAACGGAGGAGCUGCUGCUGCUCAACGACGACAUGAACAACAUCUUCAUGAGAUACGAGCGAAUGGAGAGGAGAGGGAGAGGAGGAGAGGAGAGAGGGAGAGAGGUGAGAGAGAGACAGGAACAACGUCUUCAUGAGAUACGAGCGAAUGGAGAGGAGAGGGAGAGGAGGAGAGUUUCAGACUCCAUCCCCGACACAAGCCCCGCCUCUCCAGCUGUCAUCCAAUCAGCAGCCGGCAGUACUGUGUCCGGGCCUCCUGUCGGCCAAUCAGCAGUGAGCUCUCUCUCCUCCCAGCUAGCCAGCCUCA